CUUUAGCUUGGGAUUUUUUUUGGCACGAGGCGUACUAGCACAAUUUAGCUAACUAGCCUGUAAGCUAAUCGUUUUUUAAAUUAAAAAUAUCACACCCGUGCCACUUUUCGUCAGCCUUUUCGUAAAUAAAUCGAUAAUGUCUGACACCAAAUGAUCCUGCUCAGCUUUCCUAGACUAUAUGUGUUUUUUGUGACCAGCGACAUAACAGAUGGUGCAAAACAUGGAACAUAAUGUACAAACAUGGGAACUAUGCGCGUUUUUGGGGGUGUUUUUACUUGAAAUGUUUAUCUAUUGUAACCAUAACUACAGAUAUGUGUUGUGUAUUUAGCAUUUUUCACGUUUCCUGCCAACAUGACAGGGUAAUGUUUAUUUAACUAACGGGGAGACGUGACCCGUGCGCGUGCAGCGCUGGGAAUGGGAACAACUUUAUGUUCAUAUUUUGGGGCUCGUGCCGUUUUUAUCUGGGAAAGAAACCAUCGUGUGGCAGCAACUGCCAGGCCAAAAAUCCGGCAAAAACAGAGGAAUCAAAGGACAAGCUAACACCAGGAGAACAAGUUUGAGCCGGCUUUUGCUGGAGUGCAUGUGGGGGCGAGGCCAUGCUGGCUGCUCGCUGCAGAUAAGCUAUCGAGUCUCCAAGGACGGGAAGAACUCCGCCUAGAUCUGCUCUCCAAUUCCAUUAGAGCAGUCUGAGCUAAUUACACGGUCCCCAUUAGUUUGUGCUUAGGUUGCCUCAUUUGCCGUGCGCUGACAGCUUUGGGAGCAUUGCAGGUGGGCAGGAUGGGGGAGCGGACCGUUGGCGGCCCCGUGGCUGCGAUCUCUCCAGUGCAGCAGAUGCUGGCCUCUGGCACUGGAGCCCUCCUCACAUCUCUAUUUGUCACACCGCUGGACGUUGUGAAGAUAAGGCUGCAGGCUCAGCAGACGCCGUUCCACCAAGCUUUAACCUGUGAACCGGCUCCAUGGGGGGGUGCCAGCCGUCUUCACAAAAGGAAAUGCUUCCUGUAUUGCAAUGGAUUGAUGGAUCACAUCUACGUUUGCCAGAACGGAACCAGUUGCAGCACCUGGUACAAAAAGCCCACACACUUCAGCGGGACUCUGGAUGCUUUUGUCAAAAUAACGCGUCAUGAGGGACUCAGGACUCUGUGGAGUGGGCUGCCGCCGACGCUGGUCAUGGCGGUCCCAGCCACCAUCAUCUACUUCACCUGCUACGACCAGCUGCGGGACUUCCUGCGGUUCGGCGUGGGCCUCCAGGGAAGUUUCGUCCCUCUUCUUGCUGGAGCUCUAGCCAGAUUGGGGGCCGUGACCGUCAUCAGCCCUUUGGAGCUCAUCAGGACCAAAAUGCAGUCCAGGAAGUUGUCGUACAGCGAGCUGCGAGUGUGCAUCCGGUCUGCUGUGGCUCGGGGGGGCCCGCUGUCGCUGUGGAGGGGGUGGGGUCCCACCGUUCUCAGAGACGUGCCCUUCUCUGGGUUGUACUGGUUUAACUAUGAGCUGGUGAAGGCCCAGCUCUGUGAGCAGUGUGGAACGACUCAGGCCAACUUUUCAAUCAGCUUCACUGCAGGAGCCGUCUCUGGAGCUGCGGCUGCAGUGCUGACUCUGCCGUUCGACGUGGUGAAAACCCGGAGGCAGAUCCAGCUGGGAGAGAUGGAUUCUCUUGGAGUCUCUGUAAGGAAAACCUCAUCCACUCUGAACAUAUUGAAGGAAAUAUGGACGGAGUUGGGCUACAAGGGUCUUUUUGCAGGUUUCAUGCCCAGAGUGAUCAAAGUGGCCCCAGCUUGUGCUGUUAUGAUAAGCAGUUAUGAGUUUGGAAAAGCUUUUUUUCAGAAGGUAAACCUGGAUCGACAGCGGUUGGUAACCUGAAAAUCCACCAAGUUUGAUCAUCUGAAAUGGGGCAGUCGAUCCUUAGAUCAUCUGUCUUUUAAAUUAAAUUCUAAGGAAGUGGAUGCAGUUUUUUCUUUUCUUUUUGUUUUUAACAACUGAGGAUUUAGUUGGAAUGGAUCUACCUAAAGGUUUUCUCUCGUUACAAAAGGCCUGAAAAAAAAUCCUGCAACUUCGGCGAUGUUAUGAAGCUUAAAUGAGCACAAAUCCUGUGUUUCAGUCAAUUUUGCAUUUGACUGAUGUACACCGAACAAGACAAAAUGCAAAGGGACGACCUGUUUAUAAAGUUGGACCAGAAUCCUCUCUGACCACAACGCUGUCCUCAAUCCUGCAUCACCCUGGAAAACUGCAUGUUUUUGCAACAGGGAACUGCUCCGCGCUGCACGCCGCUGCGUCACAAGUCCAGGCAGUUAUCUGCUGUGUAGAUGACUGAUAUAUGUUUUGUACCGAACAAACCCUUAGUUUUGUAUUUUACUAUUGCAACAGAAAAACUGUGAAAAAGAAGCAACACCCAGAACAAUGUAGAGAUCCCUGUUUCUCUUUGGUUCUUAAAGAUCUUUAUGGUUUAGUGUCGGAUCUCUUCACUGAAAAUGGCCGGUUUGAAGACAAUGCCACUGAUUUUACAGCAUGUCUUCAUUUGUGCAUGAAGCAUUGGGAACAUACUGCUGUGAAUACAUGCAUGUGUAUGAAAAAUCAUGUUCUUUAGUGCUUUUACAUUGAUGAUCCAACACAAAACAAAACUCCUAUAAAAGUAAAACAAGAACUUGGGUUCCUGAAAGAAUGUUUGCCUUAAUUUGGAAUAUGUUUGUUUUGUAUAAAGAAAAGUGUAUUAAAAGAUCUAAAACCUG